AUGAUUCGACCUAUGCUUGACAUGAGAAAAAUCCUCAACUCGCCGCAAAUCGAAUAUCAUGUCGGCGAAAGCGGCAAGUCAUUCUCGGUUCCCAAAGCUCCCAAUUCCGCUUCAAUCACUCUGAGGGACAUCGAUGAGGCUACAUUCACUCGACUGGUGGAGUACGCCUAUCGCCAAGACUACACCGUUCAAGGUCUCAAAGCCCGCUCCUUUGCCUCCGACGAAGAAUUCCUUCGCGAGUUCAAGGGUAUCUACGUAAUGCUCGACAAAUCGAUCCACAAAGAAGCUCUCAAGACAAAGAAACUCCCUGACCGCUACGUUCGCUUUGACACCCUCGACGCCCAUAUCGCCCUUGGAACGUGGCGCACACAUACGGUAUCCAACCUUUGA